AUGAUUGAGUCACUCACCGUGUUGACGUUCAACGUCCGAUCGAUGAAGAACGCAGUCAACCAAGUCAAAAUCAUCCGUUAUCUCAAAACCCUUCGGCCGGCCCCUGCGGCCAUCCUCCUGCAAGAGCACCACCUCAGCUACAACGCGUCGCGCGAAGGCUUCGAGAGUGCUUGGCCGGGGGCUUGUAUUCGUUUCACUCCUCAUGUCCUUACCCUCAUACCCGAUGGCUCACCUUUGGCGGGCCAUCUCCUUUCCUCUACCCCGGUCGUCUUUGCAGGAGCUCCUCGUUUCGACGGUCGGAUUCUGCACUCGGUGUUUCGUCUUGAGGAGCUCGAUGUCGAGAUCAUCAACAUGUACGCGCCGGUGCAGGAGGACGAUCGUCGCGACUUUUUCGGGCUUCUGCACUUCAGCGCCCCGAGACCCAAGAUUCUUCGGAUCUUGGCCAGCGAUCUCAAUGAUUGUCCGGAUGUAUUGGUCGACCGAGUGUCCAUCACCGAUCGCGCUUGGACUCCUGUAUCGCACUGGCAGACCUUGCUGUCAAAGAUCGCGUUCAAGGCACUCGACACGGUCCGACAUGUCCAUUCUUGCACCCCUGCAUUCACUCGUCCUCACUACCGUGGUAGAGGGGAAGAGCGAAAGAUUUGCUCGUGGUCGCGGAUCGACUAUAUUCUUGUCCAAUGCAGUUGGGCGAACCGGUUGUUGAGCGCUUCUACGCUCUUCGAUGCGCCCUGUUCGGACCACAGACCUGUAGUUGCGACUUUCGCUUUGCCUACAUCGAACGCUGAUGCCGAACCCCCCCUUUCUCUUCCCUCCACGAGCGAUUUCAUUUCGAGGCUCAACCCAAUGGUCUUUGACGAUCAAGACUUUGUCGCAUCGAUUCCCGGGGUCGUCGACGAGGUCUAUCGAAGGCUCGAGGGGACCACUCCGCUCGGCGACGUCUAUGACGCCGCUCUGCGGGCGGUUGCAGUCGCUGGCCAUGCACGAUACCGCUCGACUCGUGCCGACAUGCGCCGACUGCGGGCCGAGAGCCAAUCCGUCAUGGAGGCUUUGGAGGCACGCGGUGAGCACAUGAAUGAGGCCGAGCGCGAUGCGUAUGCUCAUGCCAAGUCGCGGUUGGACCAGUUGGCGGUAAAGGAGGCUCAGUGGCUGCGCAUUCGUGCGCAUGUGCCGUCAGUCGACUCGAGGGAAGGUCAAUCGGCAAGCAUUCGCACGCGCCUCAACCGCCGGAGUCGCCAGACGAGCAUCGUCUCGCUGGAGGAUGUGGAUGGCACCGAGACCGUUGACAUGCAGGAGGCGCUGGGUAUUGCUUCACGGCACGCGCAGUCGCUCUUCACGCCGGACCCAGCUCGUGGCGACCCGACGAACGCACGCCGGUCCCUGCUCGACCCUAUUCGCGCAGCGAAAUGCUACGAUGACGACCGCUCGGACCCUACGUUCGGUCGUCGGCUGCCUCGUCAAGCGAGAGUGGCGCUUGACGAGCCCUUCACCCUCCUCGAGGUUGAAGCGGCGUUGAAGAAGACGGAUUCGGGGCGAUCACCGGGGCCCUCGGGCAUUCCGUACAAGCUCUUCAAGGUGCUGCCUGUGAAGAGUCCACUCUCAGCUCGACAGGGGCGCCUCGGUCGUUGCGCGCACUUGCUAGCCCGCCCCCGGCGGUGGGGACUUAGACGCGCGCGACUGCCUCAGCGCGCCAGCGCCGGCGGAUUCAUGCGCGCGCCCGCUAGCCCGCCCCCUUGCGGUGGGGACUUAGGCGCGCCGGCGAUUUCACCCGCGGCUGACUUAGGGAUGUACAUUGUCACGCGCCUGGGACUAUCCCAGCGUGGCCCCCCCCUUUCUGUUUCUUAGCUUCCUUCUCAUCACUUCUGUUCGACUCUCAACCUCUCCUGACAGUAGUGGUGAACGUCUCAUAGGUACGCUGAAAUAGAUCACUUCUGUUCGACUCUCAACCUCUCCUGACAGUAGUGGUGAACGUCUCAUAGGUUAUAAGCCCACGAGCCACCAGCUGGCAUGACCACGACACCACCCCUCGCGACGGGUGCCAACCCUCCGAUUCCCGCCGAACAGCUCGCCGCACUUACAUCGCUGCUGUCGGGUCUCACCGCUGCCGCUUCCGGCACUGCCACACCCGCCACGACGUCCGGCACCACUCGCACUGCCUUUCCAAAGCACGCACGCUUGGAUGGUGCGAAGACCUUCGCGAACUGGACACGCCAACUUCGCCUGUGCCUAGCGGACGACAUCCGCUCGUACGUCCUCGACGGUAUCGCACCCGACGACUGGACACCUUCGCAACGCUCCGCUCGCGACGCCGUCGCUCGUGAGGUCCUUGCGAAUUCGAUUGACUCGGCCGAAGUCUCGGCAGUCCUCGACAAAAUCCCUACCGCCGACCUGACAGCGCCGACAAUCUACUCGACGCUGAAAUCGCGGUACGCCCCUGACGACGCCACCCGCACGCUCGAGCUCUUCUCACGACUCUGGGGUUUCCGUCCCAUGCCCGGCACGGUUGCCGAAUUCGACGGGUGGAUCAUGGACUUCAAAGCCGUUGCGCAAGAGAUCAUCGACACAAAGACAACUAUCAAUGAUGUUCUCGCCACACUCCUCCUUGCAAUCGCCCACCCGUCCCUCGAGAGCUUCAAGGCGUCGUUCACCGAUGAACAGCGCACGCAACGAACUCUCCCCGACAUUGAUUCGCUUGCCGACCGUAUGCGAGUCCAACUUCGGUCAACGAACAUCCCCAGCACUCAAUCGGCCCUUCUUGCCUCGUCGUCGUCACGUUCUACUCGUCUCAAGUGUCUCGCCUGUCGCAGCCCUUCGCACCGAGUCGCGGAGUGCCCUACGAGGGCGCAACACCCGCCGCCAGGACCCUGUCGCUCCUGCAAGAAGAAGGAUCACUGGUCUCUCGACUGCAAGAAGGCGCUCGAGGACGGCAAAAAGCCCGACACCGCUGACUCGACCGUCGACUCGCAACACCAUGUCGGAUGUCUCGCCACCGGUCUUCUCGCUCGUCGUCGCCAGCUUCGCAACCACUCUUUUGUCGUCGACUCGGGCGCCACUUCGCACAUGGUCUCGGACAAGUCGCUGUUCACGACCUAUCGCCAUAUCGCUCCUACGAAGAUUGGUGGUAUUGCAGGGGGCAUCAACGCCAUCGGAACGGGAAACAUCGCCUUCAUUGCCGCCUCGGGUCAUCCGAUCACGCUUACCGGCGUGCUGCACACUCCGGGCCUGUUUGUCAAUCUUCUCUCGGUCUCUCGACUUUGCGACACCGACGAUGUCCGUGUCGCCUUCACAAAACACGGCAUCCACAUUGACAAGGACGGCAACGACAUCGCUGAAGGCGCACGACUCGACGAAGGGCUCUACUUGCUGGACGCUGAUCAUUCCAAAUGUCAGCACCUUGCUCUCCUUUCUCGCUCACAGUCGUCCGUGCCCCUGCUGACUCUCCAUCGCUGCCUCGGCCAUCUCGCACCGUCCUCCAUACAGAAGAUGGUUGCCGCUGGUUUGCUGGAGGGUCUCAGGGCCGGAUAUAGUGACGAAGAGGUAGAGAAGUUUGUCUGCAAUGCUUGCCUCAGCGCAAAGGGCCAUCGUCUUCCCUUUCCCGAUUCGGAUUCGCACUCCUCAGAGAGACUCGGCCUUGUACACAGCGAUGUGCUUUCCUUCCCCGAGCGGUCCUUGACUGGCAAACGUUACCUGGUCACAUUCCUUGACGAUUACUCGCGCAAACUCUGGGCCUACGCAAUCGGACACAAAAGCGAAGUCUUCGGCAUAUUCAAAACUUGGCUAGCCGAGGUUGAACUCGAGACGGGUGCGACGCUGAAGGUCCUCCGAACCGACAACGGUGGCGAAUACUGUUCGAGAGCGUUCACAGAGUUCUGCAAGACACGAGGCACCCGUCGACAAUACUCUAUCCCACGCACGCCUCAACAGAACGGUCGUGCAGAGCGGGUCAAUCGUUCCAUUGUCGAAGGCGUCCUUGCCCUCCUUGUCGACGCCCACCUACCCAAGACAUUCUGGGAGGAGGCUGCAGCUUAUUUCGUUUACUGCAAGAACCUGUGUCAACACGCGGCCCUGGACAAGGCAACACCAAACUCCGUCUGGCAGGGUGACCACACCACUGCCUCGGCGCUUCACCCGUUCGGCUGUACAGCUUGGCUUACGGUCGCGCCCGAACUUCGCUCCAAACUCGACCCGAAGGCGGUUCGCGUUUUUUUCACCGGCUACGACCUGGCUUCAAAAGCCUUUCGCUUCUACGACACUACAACACAGAAGAUUAUACUUGGCAGAAAUGCCACGUUCCUCGACACUGAAUUCCCCGGAUUACAUGGCGACCCCACUGAGCAAGACGGCGACACGCACUUCGCCAGCGCUCCCACCACCGAAUCUCAAACCGUUGUCAAGACAUGGACCCCACUAGUAAGGUCGGCGCACAUGGACGUCUCAUCCCCCCUUGAUGAUUCUGCCAUGAGCGCCGUUGACGUGGCCCCAGGGUACACUGGCGGAACCUUACUUAACUUCACAGAUGCCGAAUCGUCCUCGUCACCGUCGCCUGCGUCGCCCUCAUCACCGUCGUCUGCGCCAUCGCCUGCACUUUCACCAUCGUCGGCUGCGUCAUCGUCACCCUCGGCCUUACCGACCGACUCUGAAGACUCCGCCGAUCCCCUCGACCUCCUCGGCUCACAGCCCCAGGUUCGCCUCGAUCUACAGGACGUGCACCACCCAGACUUCAGCACGUACCGCGAGCCCGCAUCGGCUGAGGAGUCGCCCGACGAACUCGACCUCAUUGGGCGCCACUCUCGCGACGAAUCUCCGGACGAAAUCGAUUUCCUCACCCGACACCACCGCGCCUUCAUCGCCAUCGACGACGACACCUCUGACACAGAGGCAAUUCAGCCAGUCAAGUCCAUCACGAGCGACCCACAGACCUGGCGCGAGGCGAUGUCUAGCGACAAGCGUGAAGUAUGGGCCAAAGCCGCCACCGACGAGUUCACCUCCAUGCGCGACGACUUCAAGGUCUUCACCAUCGAGGACCGAGCCACGGUGCCCGCGGGUGCGACUAUCGUUACAUCCAAGUUCGUCUGGAAAACGAAACGGAACGCACUCGGCGAAGUCACUGGACACAAGGCAAGGCUGGUCGCGCAAGGCAAUCGGCAACGCGACGGCAUCGACUUCAACGAAACGUUCGCACCGGUCGCACGCUUCUCCUCGAUACGCUCACUCCUCGCGCUGGCGGCCGCCAACGGCUUGCACGUGCACCAGGCGGACAUCGACAAAGCAUAUCUGCAUGGCGACCUUGACCACGACAUCUGGAUGACGGCACCGCGCGGCUUCGACCUUCCCAGCGACAAGGUGCUUCGCCUGCGACGCUCCAUCUACGGGCUCAAACAGGCUGGCCGAAUCUGGAAUCGACACAUCGACGCUUCGCUUCGGGCCCUCGGUUACACGGCGACGGGCACCGACCACUGCGUAUACUCUUGGCUCGAUGAUCGUCAAUGUCCACACUACAUCGCACUGUACGUCGACGACCUCCUGAUGAUCAGCCCGGAACUGGCCGAAAUCGAACGUGUCAUCUCAGGCCUGGACCAACGCUACGGAGUCAAGCGCCUCGGCCCGGCCGAGUAUAUCCUCGGCAUCCAGAUCAGGCGGUUCGACGACGGCUCUAUCGCCCUAUCCCAGGAACGGUACAUCAUGGACGUGCUCGCUCGGUUCCACUUCGACACCACGACUCGCGGCACUACAGUUCCGAUGACUCCCGGCCUUUCGCUCACUGCUAUCCCGGGUCAAGGCACCGAACGGAUCAGGUCAUGGUAUCUGCAGGCUAUCGGCUCGCUCCUCUACAUUUCGCUCGGUACCCGCCCUGACAUCGCCUUCGCCGUGUCCUACCUGGCCCGCUUCGCCAACAACCCCGGUCGUCGUCAUUGGAUUGCGGUCAAGCACAUCCUACGCUAUCUCCGGGCCACGUAUCGCAACGAACUCGUGUAUGCUCGCGGCCAGGCUCGCAUCACGGGUGUGGUAGGCUACUCCGACGCGAACUGGGGGGCCUGCAUCGACACAUCGGUGUCCACCAUGGGCUACGUCUUCUACAUCGCUGGCUCGGCCGUGUCCUGGUCGUCCAAACGCCAGUCUCGAGUUGCCGAUUCGACCACCGACGCUGAAUACCUCGCCCUCUCGCAUGCUGGCAAGGAAGGGAUUUACCUCAGUCAGCUGCUCGAAGAGCUCCAUGUACAACCUGUUGCACCGGCUCACAUCUUUACUGACAACGAAGCCGCUGCUGCAGUUGCUCACGAUCCUGUCCGCGUCUCUGGCACUCGGCACAUACGCUUGCGUGAGCACUUCGUUCGGGACAUGGUGAAUCGGGGCGACAUCUCUCUCUCGCAUGUGGGUACCAGCGACAUGGUGGCCGACAUCUUCACCAAGGCUCUCGGCCCAAAGGUCUUCUCAACGCACUGCUACGCCCUCGGCCUUCGCACUCGACACCCGCGGCUUGGGUCUGCCUCGCAUUCGCGUGGGGGGGGGUGUGAAGAGUCCACUCUCAGCUCGACAGGGGCGCCUCGGUCGUUGCGCGCACUUGCUAGCCCGCCCCCGGCGGUGGGGACUUAGACGCGCGCGACUGCCUCAGCGCGCCAGCGCCGGCGGAUUCAUGCGCGCGCCCGCUAGCCCGCCCCCUUGCGGUGGGGACUUAGGCGCGCCGGCGAUUUCACCCGCGGCUGACUUAGGGAUGUACAUUGUCACGCGCCUGGGACUAUCCCAGCGUGGCCCCCCCCUUUCUGUUUCUUAGCUUCCUUCUCAUCACUUCUGUUCGACUCUCAACCUCUCCUGACAGUAGUGGUGAACGUCUCAUAGGUACGCUGAAAUAGAUCACUUCUGUUCGACUCUCAACCUCUCCUGACAGUAGUGGUGAACGUCUCAUACUGCCAACCUACUUUGCUCCCAAGCUGUUGGACUUGUUCAACUCGAUUUGGGAGGGCGGCAAAAUGAUGGCGUCCUUGGCAGAGGGGCUGGUGCGGCUCUUGCCCAAGAAUAAACCGGGGGCCAAUCUGAAAUCACUGGGGGCAUACCGACCGAUCACAUUGCGCGAGACGACCUACAAGGUCCUCAGCAAGGUCUUGGUGGCGCGACUCAAUGGGGUGCUCAGCGAGCUUUUACCGCCGGCGCAACACAGUUUCAUGCCAUCAAGACGUUCAGCGGACGCGGGAAGUCAUCUCACUCUCCUUCUCGAAAAACUCAAGUCGCUAGGCACUGAUGUUUUCCCCGAGGGCGCCCUCUUGUCUUUGGAUCAGCAGAGCGCGUACGAUCGGGUCGAUCACGCCUGGAUCUUCGAGGUCUUUGAGGCCUUUGGGUUCGGUGAGCGUUUCAUCUCGCUGCUGCGCGCUCUCUACGAUCCCGAGACUCUGGGGGUGCGCUACCUUGUCAAUGGGUUCCCCACGGACUUGGUGCGGUUGCUGUGUGGUCUCGGUCAGGGGAAUCCCCUCUCGUGCCCGGUUUGGAACAUCACGUUCCAGCCCUUCCUCGACGCCCUCGUUCGGCGCGGGAUCGCGCUCGACCUGCAGAAGGUGUGGCCAGGGGGGCCGCAUGCGCAGCUUACGCAUCUGGCGUUUGCCGACGAUGCUGUGGUGGUGGUGGAGUCACCGGCGGCAUUGUCGAAGCUGCAAACGCUGUCGCAGACGUGGUACGAGGCUACCAACGGGAAGACCAACACGGACAAGACGCUGGUGCUACCACUCGGACCGAACUGGCUUCGGGACGAGACUGCGCAGGCGCUGCCAACGGUGCAGGAGGGGGAGAGCUUCAAGUGGUGCGGCUAUGCCUUCUUUCGCCACGGUGACUCGUAACUGUUUUGGACCCAUGUUCUUGACAGGAUCAAGGCCAAGGCCCGCGCCGCUCGAGACCGGACACUUUCGCCGAGUGGGAAGGUUUUCUAUGCCAACGCUCACAUCAUCUCGGCGGUCCUCCACGUGCUGUCCUUCGACAUACCGCCUCAAUGGUUCAUUAAGGCGGCGGAGACGGCACUUACGGACUUUGUCUGGGGAGGAGCAGGGUGAAAUACCGUCGCUCACGAUUUUGUGUUCCAGGCUCGGGAGGACGGUGGCGCUUCGAUUUUGGGAUGCUGUGGCGGGCUCGGACAAGGCGAUCUGGGCGCCCCUAGCUCGCGAGAGCUGGAGGUGCCUCGUCGCUGCGACCCGCGAUUUCAGUCCGUGGGGGUUCUUCAGCAGCACAGCUUGGGUCGAGAAGCUGUAUCGCGACUCGACGCGCUGGGGGGCAGUCGUUGCAGCGGCCAGGGUCACAGUUCCAACCAUCAAGUCCGAACUCCUUACGCUUCCCGAAUUGCUCUCGCUUCCGCCUCGCCUCCCUUCACUCUAUGCUGAAGGUGCCCAGCACGCAUAUGACGAUGCGGACGCGGUGGCGAAGUUUGCGCAGAUCGCGGACCUGUACUGGAGGGACGAAGGGAAGGGAUGGGCUCUGGUUGGUCAUCGACGCGGGUUCUGGCAGCACUCUAAGGAACCCGCCCUACAGCACGAGCACGUGUGGUCGCGCGUGGGUCAGUUGCUCAAGGCGAAAGCGUUGCUGCUCAAGACCGCGUUGCGACCUGCUCGGAUACCUCUCAAGGAGGCUCCCCGUCCUCGGUGCUUCAACUUCUUUGGGCUCUCCCGACCUUUUACAAUUCGCAAGCUUCGUCGGCUUGUGAACAAGGUGCGGUUCCCAGGGAGGGAGGACCGUGUCAAGCGUUUCCCUGAUGGGACUUCUCAGAGCGAUAGGAAGCGCUUCUGGAGAUGGCUUCAUGACCGGUUCGCGUCUGCUGUCGAGCAGGACACCCACUGGCGGCUCAUGUACGACGUGACGCCGACGCGCAAGAGGCAGCAUACUCAGGGUCAUGCCUCUUCGCCGACGUGUCUGUUCUGCGGCAACGAUGCAGCGGUCAUCGAGACGGUGUCCCACUACUUUUUCGAGUGCGCGUACUCGACCAGCUUCUGGGGUGGGGUGCUACGCAUUCUGCUUAUGAAGGAACAAUAUACCACUGCACCAAAAGGCGAGGCACCUCUACUUCAGUGAGCGCAUAUUGUCCUAGAAGUGAGAUGGAGCGAAGUUCAACACUGCUUGACAAGCUCGGCAUCGAGGAUACCGACGUCGAUCCGUCGACGUUCACUCCGGAGCAGCUGACUAUGGGGCUCCCCCUUUUGCGGGGUCGUGGGAGAACGACCUCAAAAUGGAUGUGGGUUCGGCUGGCCUGCGCGAUCGGCUUCCAGCGGCUGCACCUGCUCCGCUGGCGCGUUCAUCAGCGGUUCGAGCUGGACAACGUCGUGGCCCCUCCCUCGCUUCCCAGUGCGCUCAGAGCGUUCGAGCGAGAUUUUCUCUCUCGAGCGGGUUUUGUGCCUGGGGUUCGAGAUUGGGAGGUGUGAUGACCGAGUUAAGUCCUUCCUUCCCAUUUUCCUCCCCUCCUUUCCUCCCUUCCUUUUCGGUCAGAAGCUGACUGUCUUGAAACUUGUUGCGCAGUGGAAGGCUGCGCACCUCUCCCUCUCUCUACUUUGCGCAGUAGCGAUUUUCGUUCUUGGAUGGAUCGGCAAGCCGGGUCGAUCGUCGUUGCGUUGGAGGCUUUGUGAAGUUCUCCCCCCUCUUUCCCCCCCCUUUUUUUCCCUUCCCUUCCUCUUCUCGUUCCUGUUGCUCGGUUGUUGACUACGCUUCAGCCACUUCUCCUUUUAUUCCUAAGCCGUGUGUUGGAUUCCGUCGAAUGGAUCAUUCGUUCGCGUUGGUCAAGUUCUACGGCAUGGAUCGGGAAGAAAGGUCGCUCGUUUCUUGGUCAAUAUCCUUGCGUCAAGGCGAGGCUCAUUUCAUGGUAUUGGAUCGUUUUCGCUCGGCCCCGAUGGCUCAACAGCCAGCACUCGAGACUCAGCCAAGGGAGGACAUCAGGCGCUGUCGGGGUGACGAGUAG